AUGCGCGUCGCAGUAACAUCGUCCAAGGCGCCCGCCGUUCCGGCAAAGCUCAUGAGCCAGGGCAUCAUUGCCAACGGCUUGGUCUUCACCUCGGGUGCCGUCGGUAGGGAUCCGGUGACUGGUGAUCUGGUACCGGGACCAAUUGAAGCCCGCGCACAUUGUUGCAUCCAAAACCUCGCUGCCGUUCUCGAGGCUGGCGGUUCUAGCAUUGAGGAAGUCAUUGAAGUCAACAUUUACCUGGCCGACAUGGCGGAUUAUGGCACAGUCAACAAAGUCUAUGAGGAAUACUGGGGGAAAUUGAAGCCUGCUCGGACGUGA